CAACGCCAAGGCUCCGAAACUUUGAUAUUACUUCUUUAUUAGGAGAGAUUCAUAGAAUCUAUGGUUAUCGUUAUUUCAUUAAUAUGCGUCCAAAUGUGAUCCGGCUUUCGAGGAUAAGUAUAAACUUUAAUGUGCAGAAGUGUGUGAUCCAAAUGGUGAUCCUGUUACUGCAUUUUUCCUUGUACUUCAAAUGCGUGGCUGCUGCUCGCAGCAUUACAUGAACAUGUAUUGGCAUAAAAAAUUUCCACUGGAAAAAUGAGAUUUCACGGACAUUGUCUUUAAUUGCGGAGGAGGAAAUUUUUUUUUAUAUCAUAUUGUUCAGCCAGACGAUACAAGACAGCCAGCGAAUUAUGCUACAGCGAUGCCGGCCAUGGCGAUUAGCUCAGUUAUCUGUUCGUAAUUACGGGACAGGUCGAUUACCGAGACCAAUUAGCGUAGCCCCUAUGGUAGACAUUUCGACGCCUUCAUUUUUAGAACUACUUCAUAUUAUAUCCGGCAGUGAACGCUAUGCCUACUAUACCGAAAUGCAUCAUGCUCAUGCUAUCCUCCAUCACAGUGAUCAUCUUGCACGAUUCGUCGGUCGUCCGCGAUCCAACGUUGUAGUACAACUAGGCGGUUCCGAGCCACAAUUAAUGGCGAAAGCAGCGAAAAUCCUGGAAGAUAAUGGAUAUCAAGAAGUGAAUAUAAACGUAGGAUGUCCCAGUCCACGGGUUCAGAGCGGGCAAUUUGGUGCGGUGCUUAUGAAAUCACCAGAUGUGGUCGCUAAGAUUUUGGAAGCUAUGACGACAGCCGAGGUAUCUAUCCCGGUUACUAUCAAAUGUCGAUUGGGUGUAGACGAUUUGGACACCUUUGAUUUCCUCUAUCAAUUUGUUGAAACGCUGUUGAACUGUAAACGACCGCCCCCACAUCUCAUUGUCCAUGCACGGAAAUGCAUACUUCAAGGAUUAAGUCCCAAGGACAAUCGUUCUAUUCCGCCACUCAACUAUGACCGAGUUUAUCGUUUAGCUGAAACGUUCCCCAGUUUACCUAUUUCGAUCAACGGUGGAUUUAAUGAUACUUUAAUGGUUUCUAUGGCGCUGAGUAAAGUGGAUGGAUGUAUGAUCGGAAGACAAAUAAUGAAUGAUCCCCUGUUUCUCCAACGUUUAGACCAAGGUAUGUACUGCAAUGUUUUUGCCUUUUUUUUUUCUUUUCUUUUUUCAAUGCAUCUGUUCAUAUUUGCUUCAAUGUAAUGCUG